AUGAUCCUGGCCACUAUCAUUGCCAACUGUAUCGUCCUGGCUCUGGAGCAGCACCUUCCCGGGGAGGAUAAAACCCCCAUGUCCAAGAGACUGGAGAAGACGGAGCCGUACUUCAUCGGGAUGUUCUGCCUGGAGGCGGGAAUAAAGAUCAUCGCCCUGGGUUUCGUGUUUCAUAAGGGUUCCUACCUGAGGAACGGCUGGAACGUCAUGGACUUCAUCGUGGUCCUAAGUGGCUGGAACUGGCUCUACUUCAUCCCUCUAAUCAUCAUCGGAUCCUUUUUUGUCCUGAACCUAGUGCUGGGAGUCCUCUCUGGGGAAUUUGCCAAAGAGAGGGAGCGCGUGGAGAACCGCAGAGCGUUCAUGAAGCUCCGCCGCCAGCAGCAGAUUGAGAGAGAGCUCAACGGCUACCGGGCCUGGAUCGACCGAGCAGAGGAAGUAAUGCUGGCAGAAGAAAAUAAGAAUCCUGGCCCUUCUGCUUUAGAUGUGUUAAAGAGAGCCACGACCAUCAAACGGAGAGGUGUGGACGUGCACCAGGGCCAACCGGGAGAGGAGCUGUAUGGUGACAUAUCCUCUGUGGGCAUGCCCAUGCCUGGAGCCAGCAUCAGGAGUGCAAAACGAGGCCCAACGGCCUAUUUCCGCCGUAAAGAGCGUCUCCUGCGCAUUUCCAUCCGCCGUGUGGUGAAGACACACACCUUCUACUGGACAGUGCUGGGCCUUGUGGCCCUCAAUACACUGUGUGUAGCCAUAGUUCACCACAACCAGCCUGUGUGGCUGUCCAACUUUCUCUACUAUGCAGAGUUUUUGUUCCUCGCUCUGUUCCUGACGGAGAUGUUCCUGAAAAUGUACAGCCUGGGGCCCCGCCUUUACUUUCAUUCCUCCUUUAACUGCUUCGACUGCAGUGUUAUCGUCGGCAGCAUAUUUGAAGUGCUGUGGGGAUUCUUCCGGCCUGGAACUUCAUUCGGCAUCAGUGUCCUACGUGCACUUCGUCUGCUGAGGAUCUUCAAAAUCACAAAGUACUGGGCGUCUCUGAGAAACCUGGUGGUCUCCCUGAUGAAUUCCAUGAAGUCCAUCAUCUCCCUGAUCUUCCUUCUCUUCCUCUUUAUCGUUGUCUUUGCACUCCUUGGCAUGCAGCUUUUCGGCGGCAGGUUCAUCUUUGAAGACUACACACCCACGAACUUUGACACCUUUCCUGCUGCUAUCAUGACUGUUUUUCAGAUCCUUACUGGAGAGGACUGGAACGAGGUGAUGUAUAACGGUAUUCGCUCUCAAGGAGGUGUGAAGUCUGGAAUGUGGUCCUCCAUUUACUUCAUAGUACUCACUCUAUUUGGAAACUACACGCUGCUGAAUGUCUUCUUGGCUAUUGCUGUGGACAAUCUGGCCAACGCACAAGAACUCACAAAGGACGAAGAGGAAGCAGAGGCCGCCUUCAACCAGAAGCAUGCUCUACAGAAGGCGAAGGAGGUGGGGCCGUUGUCCUCCUUCAUGUCCUCAGAGGGAAGCCGUAGGAGGCGGCCCUACCUGUACAGGAAAAGAGCCAUACACCGCAGCCGGCCCACCUACUCCUUCUCCCUGGAGGAGGCCCAGGGCAGUAUCAGGGAGGGCCGCCCACCCCCACCACUCAACCCCUCUAACUCUUUCAUGUCCAGGAGAGAGAGAAGGAAGAGGAUGACCAUGUCAGUCUGGGAGCAGAGGACCAGCCAGCUGCGCAGACACCGGCAGAUGUCCAGCCGAGAGAUCCUGUUCAGCAGCCCCAGCGAGGAGAAAGACGGCCCCCCCGCCGCCGCUCAGGCCAAUCACGGACGCCCGCUGUCGCUGCACCGUAAGGCCAUGCAGCACGCCCCGUCGGACAGUGCGAAGCCCCUCCCGGACCCUUUGGCCAGCCCGGAUAAGACCCCGGCUGCAGGGGCCUCCCUGGCCCUGGACCUGCCCCUGGAGGCCCCCACGCUCCCGGGGGACAUCCCUGAGCCGCCUCUGUCCAUCCUGAUACCAGAGUCACUGGACCCUACAAACGCUGCUCUCACAGAGUCCGGGACCACGCCGGACCCUCCUGAGCCAGAACCCCACGGAGAGGGCCGCAAACUGGGGGUCAACCACAGAGUGAGCAGUGAGCGCCGCAGCCCCAGACUGAACGGAGAACACCAGCACAGGCCCGUGAAGAAGUUCAGACCUCCAGAUAACAUCGACACCCUGAGUCCUGACAUGGGAAGCAGCAUUGACAUUAAGGCCAGGAGGGCCCUGCACCAACGGGACCACCCCAACGGGACCAGGAACCAAGCCUCUUCCCCCGGGGGCAGGGGGCAGGCGUCCGGUUGCUCCACUGUCGGAGAGAAAAUGAGAAAACCUGGGAAAGAUGAAGCCGAAAACAAAGAGGAAGAGGAGUCCAAACAUGAGAAGAACGGACAGGGUGAUGUAGGUGAAACAGGAAACAGUAGCCUAACAGAAACGCAGAGCCACUGUGGUGGCCGUUUUCCUCAGAGGCAGGAGGCCACUCCAGAGCAGCCAGGUCUGUUUGUUCCCAGGAACCCCGAGGACAGCAGAGAGGAGAAGGAGACCGAACCGGAGCAGGACAAGUGUCAGCUGGGCUCCAGCGUGGUCAUCGAGGUGCCCAACGUCCACUCAUCUCUCGAGCUGUCCACAAUCACAGUCAACAGCAAGGACCCUGAGACUUCUAAGUCAGAGAAGGAGGAAGCAGAGGAGACAAAGCCAGUCAAUACUGUGACCCCAGAUAGCAUGUUCAUCUUCAAACCGGAGAACCCGGUGCGCCGUGCAUGCCACUAUGUUGUGAACCUCAGGUACUUUGAGAUGUCCAUCCUGCUGGUCAUAGCUGCUAGCAGUAUAGCCCUGGCUGCAGAGGACCCUGUAGCUACCUCGUCUGACUGGAACAAGGUUCUGCGGUAUUUCGAUUACGUGUUCACAGGAGUUUUCACAUUUGAAAUGAUUAUAAAGAUGAUCGACCAGGGUCUGAUCCUCCACGAUGGCUCCUACUUCCGGGACCUUUGGAACAUUCUGGAUUUCAUAGUCGUGAUUGGAGCGCUGGUGGCCUUCGCCCUCACAAAUAACAAAGGACGGGACAUCAAAACCAUCAAGUCUCUGAGGGUGCUGCGCGUCCUCAGACCACUGAAGACUAUCAAAAGACUCCCCAAACUCAAGGCGGUGUUUGACUGUGUGGUGACCUCCCUGAAGAAUGUCUUCAACAUCUUAAUCGUCUACAAGCUGUUCAUGUUCAUCUUUGCUGUCAUUGCUGUGCAGCUCUUCAAAGGGAAGUUCUUCUACUGCACCGACAGCUCAAAGGACACGCAGAAAGACUGCCAGGGUUACUACAUUGACUACGGGAAGGAUAAGAAAGAGGUGAAGAAACGGGACUGGAAGCGGCACGAGUUUCACUACGACAACGUGAUCUGGGCUCUUCUCACACUGUUCACGGUCUCCACUGGAGAGGGAUGGCCUCAGGUCCUGCAGCACUCGGUGGACGUGACGGAGGAGGACCGGGGGCCCAGCCACGGCAACAGGAUGGAGAUGUCCAUCUUCUAUGUCAUCUACUUUGUUGUCUUUCCUUUCUUCUUUGUGAAUAUAUUCGUGGCCCUCAUCAUCAUCACCUUCCAGGAGCAAGGGGAUAAGAUGAUGGAGGAAUGCAGCCUGGAGAAGAAUGAGAGGGCCUGCAUAGACUUUGCUAUCAGUGCGAAGCCCCUGACUCGAUACAUGCCUCAGAACCGGCACACGUUCCAGUACCGCCUGUGGCAUUUUGUAGUCUCACCUUCUUUUGAGUACACGGUCCUGACCAUGAUUGCCCUCAACACCAUUGUGUUGAUGAUGAAGUAUUACUCCGCCCCCCCGGCCUACGACGCCGUGCUGAAGCACCUGAACACAGCCUUCACCGUGCUCUUCUCCGUUGAGUGCGUCCUCAAGAUCCUGGCUUUCGGCUUUUUGAACUAUUUUCGAGACACCUGGAACAUCUUUGACUUCAUCACCGUCUUGGGCAGCAUCACGGAGAUCGUGGUGGACCUGCAGCGUAUCGACGCGUUCAACAUGAGCUUCCUGAAACUGUUCCGCGCUGCUCGUCUGAUCAAACUGCUGAGGCAAGGUUACACCAUCCGGAUACUGCUGUGGACCUUCGUUCAGUCUUUCAAGGCCUUGCCCUACGUCUGCCUGCUCAUUGCCAUGCUUUUUUUCAUCUAUGCCAUCAUUGGCAUGCAGGUGUUCGGAAACAUUAAACUGAAUGAGGGGACUCACAUCAACCAGCACAACAACUUCAAAACCUUUGCUGGAGCUUUGAUGCUGUUGUUCAGGAGUGCCACUGGGGAGUCAUGGCAGGAGAUCAUGUUGUCGUGUUUGGGAGGACAGAGGUGUGAAACGGAUCCCUCUCUUCCUCCCCCACUGUUGAUGAGUGAGCAAAAAGAAAGCUGUGGCUCCGACUUCGCCUAUUUCUACUUUGUGUCCUUCAUCUUUUUCAGCUCUUUCCUGAUGCUGAAUCUGUUUGUGGCUGUCAUCAUGGAUAACUUUGAAUAUUUAACAAGAGACUCGUCCAUUCUUGGCCCACAUCAUCUGGAUGAGUUUGUCAGGAUCUGGGGGGAGUAUGAUCGUGCUGCUAGUGGUAGGAUCCAUUAUAAGGAGAUGUACAAAGUUGUACGCACUAUCUCACCUCCUCUGGGCUUUGGAAAGAACUGCCCCCACAGGGUGGCAUGCAAGAGACUUGUCCUUAUGAAUAUGCCUGUGGACGAUGAGAUGACCGUCCACUUCACGUCCACUCUCAUGGCCCUCAUUCGCACUGCCCUGGAGGUGAAGAUAGCCAGAGGAGGAGAAGACAGGAAUCAGAUGGAUUUGGAUCUGCAGAAGGAAAUUGGGGUCAUCUGGCCUCACCUUUCUCAGAAGAAUCUGGACCUGCUGGUUCCCAUUCACAAAGCCAGUGAUAUGACCAUCGGGAAGAUCUAUGCUGCCAUGAUGAUCAUGGAUUACUACAAGCAGAGCAAGGCCAAGAAACUGCGACAGCAACUGGAAGAACAGAAACAUGCUCCCAUGUUCCAGCGUAUGGAUGCUUCCUCUCUUCCUCAAGAGAUCCUAUGCAACGCCAAGUUCCUCAGGCACAGUGCUGGAUCGGCUCUAACCAGAGGAGGCUUUGUGGCCCUGAGCCCCGUUUCUCCCCAGGAGAUGUUCCUGCAGCCACUAUCUCGUUCCAGGGGGGAGAAGGAGGAAGAGGAUGACGAAGACUACCACUCACCCUACCACUCCUACCACCAUCCUCAUCAUCACCACCAUUUGCACACACUGGUACCUGAGGUAGUGGACUACAACCAGUUGAUGGGGCGGGCGAAGCAGGACCCCACACUUAUUAAGUCUCCUCAGCGAACGGCCUCUAUCAGAGCCUCCUCCAUGCCCAGACUGGCUGUCGAUGCUCAGCCUGGGAUGUCAGCAGACAGUAAACUGAUGAAGCGCUCCUUCUCCACCAUCGGAGACCAAUGCGUGAACGGCCUCUGGCAGGAGCAGCACUCUCUGGAGAGAAUCAGUCCCGACGGCACAUUCAGGCCCCGGCAGAGGAGCUACAGAGGCCCCAGAAUCAGCCCCAGAGAAAGCAGCAGUCAUGAGAGAGGACGGUCCAAGGAACGGCGCCACCUGCUGUCCCCCGAUGUGUCCCGCUGCAACUCUGAGGAAAGAAGCCGGGAGCCGUCCUACGAGAGGAAACAGUCUCUCUCACCAAGCGAGGGACAAACGCAUAGCUUACAGAAGCAGGUGAACCCGUCGGGCAGCCCGGCUAACUCCGCCUCCGAGUCCGGAACUCCUCGUAACCGCCGCCAGCUGCCCCAGACGCCCGCCCGCCCGCGGCCUUACAUCUCCUACUCUCCUCUGGUCUGCCGAGCCCCCACCUCUCCCACGGCGGCAGCCUCCCCCGAGGCCCAGGCCCCGCCUCAGGACCCCCCCGCCGGCUCCACCCAGAACUUGGCAAAGGCGGAUAAGGAGAGCAGGCCUCUGUCUGCUGGUCAGGCUCCGUGUGGAGGUCUGGGCCCGGGGCCCGGCCACCCGUCUCCUCACCGCUACAUAUCCGAGCCCUACCUCCCCUUCCUGGAGGACUUCAGCAGCACGGAUGCCGGCGAGAGGCAGGAGACGCUCACCUUCGAGUCGGCCGUGGCCACCAGCCUGGGCCGGGCCAACGCCAUCAGCUCCGCCCCGCAGCUCAGACACUCCUGGCAGGUCCCCAACGGACACUUCCGGAAGCACCUGGUUCAGGCCAACCCAGCAGACGCCAGCGAGCUGCUGAGCGACACAGACGAGGACGAUCGCUGCUAAUGACCCGAAACACAGGAGUGGGAGCACCUCAGAGCAUCUUAGGUGGCCCCAGAAGGUUCCGGCUCCUCUGGGCUCCCGGGAGCGGAUGUUCUCAGCACCAGUAGCAUCACAAGCAGGUUCAUCUGGACCCUCGUCUCCGUCCACUUGUGUCCUCGUGCAUCUUUGUCGUAGCCGAAGGAAGACUGAAAGUGGUGACAUGAAAGCCUUUUUUUUGCAAAUGCUUGCUCUCAACAGAGAAUGUGCCAAAUAAAAAGAAAUUCCAGAGACUGACAGUACCACAAGUAGCUCACUGGGGGCGGACCCACACGUUGCAAAGCCCGCAACUGUAUUGCGAUGUCAAGGCGUUCAGAUCCUCUGAACUAAUCCAAGGAAGCGGUUUAAGUGCAUUUUGUGUAAGUGAAUUUAGAGGUAGCAUGUACACAUAUAAUAAGAUGAAUGUAUUUUAGUUCCAUGUUCGGUUUAUUUGAGCUGGUUGCCGUUUGUCCUUAUCGUGUGUAGUUGUGAGAGUAGAAAUGGAAAAGAGGUGGAUGUAUCCGGAUUGUGCCAGUUUGUAAGUGGCAACCAGCCAUCCCCAGCAGUUCCUGUUUACAGCAAGAAUAUCCUCAAGAGCUAGGGCAUUACACUUUACUGAUUGGUAAGUUGUCAACACAGGAAAUGAAGUUUUGUGCCAUGAAUGAAGUUGAACUCCAAGUGGAGGUCAAGUGGUCUUUCUGCUAUAAUGUGAAAACAAUGCUCGUGUAUAUUCAGCUGCAGUACAGAAAAGAGGAACAGAUGAGAGAAUUUCUAAUAUCUGCUGAAGGUUUUCUGAAAAAAAAGAUUCUCUGAGUUGGAAAAUGACGGCUUAUGAUGAUUACAAAUGCUUGUCUCAUUUUUUAACCCCGGAGGUCCGUCUACAUAACAUUACCCUGCUAUCACAAGGACUGUAAGUCCCACACUGGUCCUGUAGGAAAAUGCAUAGGCAAAACGGACGUGGUGUUAUAGCCUCAUGAAGCCAAAUGGAUUUUCAUUCCCCACAUUUCUGUACUGGAUAACCUCCACUGAUGUUCUGUCACAAAGCUGACUAAAGCCAUUUUCUUCCUGUACAUAGAGCCAGGGAUGUCUCCUCUUCAGGAUGUGCUGCCUUCUUUUAUGUGACAAUGAAAGUGAUGAGAGUAUAAAGUCCUUCAUAUUCAAUGUGAUAUAACGUGGAUGCUUUAACAGAAGAGGAAUCACAGGCAGGCAACUGUCUUCUUUGUGUUUUUGUAACUGCCACAUAAUUCCCAUCCCGUGUUUUUGUCUGUAGAAACACAGUUUCUGAGCUGGAGAGUUACAGUAAUUUCCACAUGCAUGAUUUUGUUAACAGUGACAAUGGCAGACCUGUGGGGAAGCUGUGUCUUCAAGCUGCCUGAUUAUUAGUAUUACUACUAUUAUUUGACUGUGUCCAUGAUGUUCCAGGAUUUCGUUCAUUUUAAUACAAAAAAAUUAAUCAUGAAACAACGAACAGAUUUUUUUUAAUCAUCUGCAGCAGUCAUUCUGAACAUCUUUAAACAUUCCAAAAAUUUCAAGAAUUUAUUGUUCCCUCUUGAUAAGAUGUAUAUUUAUAUAAUGUGCUGUUGUGUUGUGAUAAUAUGAUGAGUUUGAAAUGUGAACACAGGACAUAUGUGGACUGAGAAACACGCUGAAAAUAAGUAUUUUAGUAAAACAGCCGUUGCAGUGUGUUGACGUUGAGAUUAAUGAGACAUCUAAAGAAGUAUGGCUAAGGCUUGAGUCUGCAGUAUAUACAGUAGGACCGUGUUUCAUGUGUACAAUGCAACCUAGGACUUAAUGUUGAUGUCCGUCUGUACAGAACAGCCUAAUCUGUGCCUGGGGACACUCGCCCAAAGAGCUCCCUAUCAAGUCUGGAUUUCUUAGAGAAGAUUUGUGGUAAAUUUGUAGUAUAGAAUGUACAAAAUAAAUCCAUGUUUACUUUAUCGCAAUUUUUUGUAUUUUACUUUGGUCAUCUUGCCUGUUUAUGAGUGCAUCUGUUCAGAGGCCCGUUAAGAAGCGAUCACUUGAUUUUUCCGUGCUUGAUG